CUCUCCGCCAUCCAGAUUUUCACUUCCUCUCAUUCCUCCUCCUUGAUCAGGGAAGAGUCUGAAGAUGGGGAUAGGUAUCCCUUUAGUGAUUCAGGUAGCGAUGAGAGUGUCUCCGAGGAAGGGCUUGAGGUCGCCUUGCAUUUGAAUGAUCGUUUGGGUUACCUUUAUCUCCAGUACUUUGACAGAUCACCUCCUUAUACCAGAGUUCCUCUCAUGGAUAAGAUCAAUGAGUUAGCUCAAAGGUAUCCGGGAUUGAUGUCGUUGAGAAGCGUUGAUCUUUCUCCAGCGAGCUGGAUGUCUGUUGCUUGGUACCCUAUUUAUCAUAUACCAAUGGGGAGAACCAUUAAAGACUUGUCCACUUGUUUCCUCACUUACCACACUCUUUCUUCUUCUUUUCAAGAUAUGGAGCCGGAAGAGAAUGGAGGGGAGAAAAAGAGGAUGAGGAAGGAAGGGGAAGACAUUAGUCUGGUCCCAUUUGGGAUGGCUACUUACAAGAUGCAAGGCGAUGUUUGGCUUUCCCAUGACCAUGAUGACCAAGAGAGACUGGCUUCGCUUUACAGCGUUGCGGAUUCUUGGCUGAAACAACUUAGGGUCCAACAUCAUGACUUCAACUACUUCUGCACCAUGUCAAUGACUCCUCGUGGUGGCUAAAACCAUGUUUGUUUUCUCUCUUAAAGUCCCAUCCUUUCCUUUUGUUUAUGGAACCGCUGGCGUUUUCUAAAAAAAAAAAAAAGAGUGAUCUGGCUUUUGUAGCGUUUUGGGUUAGGAUAUAGCGUUUUAAGAAGAUACCUAACCUUUUGAGAAAGAAAAAAAGUAUAUGUCAGUAUAUAGAGAGUUUGUUGUCUUGUUGAAACAGAGUAAUCGUUGUUACUUGCGUCUUUGAAACAGAGUAAAUGCUUUCUUGUAAGUUUA